AUGUUGGCGGCUGCGGGGCCUCGCUUCAAUGGUGGGAUAAGCGGCAAGCGGAGGAAGCAGGGCCGACACGAACCCAACGGCAUCAUCCUCCUGACCGCCAUCAGCGCGGAGGAAAGAACGAAAACGAAGGCGAGCGGGUCAACCGCAAAGAACGAAAGCGACGGGGAGGGGGAGUGGUGCGACGAGUCGUUCAUGCUGUCUUCGUUCUCCGAGACGUCGGAGCUGUCGGACUCAGAGUGGUCCGAGUGGGAAGACCCGCUCUGGGUCGAGGACCCGCACCUCCUCCACAAGGACCAACAGCAGAAGAAACAACGGCGAGUACAACAUGUCGACAAAAAUAAGAGCCAAGCGGGUGCGGCCGCGCGUGGCGACGCGACGGACGACGAGGAGUGGGAGGAGAAGGAACAGCAGGAUGAAGAGGAGGAGAAGAAGCAAAAAGCGAAGAAGAAAAGCGAAAGCGUUGAGAAUGGGGUGAAAGCGAAAGCGAAGACGAAGACAAAAGCGACGACGGAGGGAGGGAAGAUGAAGACGAAAACGAAAACGAAAACGAAGACGAAAACGAAAGCGAAACCGGCGAAGAAAGGCAGCGGCCAGAAGACGCCGCGCAAGUCUGCGGCCAAGAGCGAAGACGUAAGCAGCGGCAGCGGUAGCGGCGGCGAAGACGGACCCCGCGGCGAUGGCGACCAAAGAACGAAAACGAUAACGAAACCGAAGAGCAAAGACGACGAUCAUCAGCCCAACAAGGCCCAGGAGGCCCAGCCCGGCGCGACGGCCGAGAAGCGGAUGAGCGUGAUGCAGGUGCGCGAGGUGUGGGAGUCCCGCAUGUCCGUGUCGCUGCCCGGUCGCAGCGAUCGCACGGCCGUCCACACGCGCCAGACCGGCGGCGAUUCGUUGCUGACGUCAGCAGCGUCGACGGCGGCGGCGGCCGCCGAUGUCCGCCGGAGCCACAACGCGAUCGUGCUCGAGCGACGCGCGCACGACCGCUACAGCAACGACGACGACGUCGAUGGCGAUGACAACAACGACGGCAAGGCCAAGCGGAAGACGAUGACGGUGGCGAUGAUGCCGGUGACGAUGGUCAUGCCGGCCGCCGCGUUCGGCGCCAACAACUCGCCCGCCGCGGGCGGCAAGGAAAAGAAGAAGAAGGAAAAGGAAAGAGAAAAGAAAACGUCGGCGGCGGCCGCGGCGGCGAAGAAGAAGGAGACGAACGAGAUGAAGAGGAAGAAGAGUCGGUCGAUGGACGUCAUCGAGGAGCUCAAGAAGAAGCACGAGGUCAUCUCGCACGUGCGCGCCCUCAAGCUCGAGCGCGUCAAGAGCAGCGAAGACGACCACCACGCCGGCGCCGGCGUAGGCGAUGACGGCGACGACAAGUACUUUAGUUUCCUACGCGGGACCGCGGCCAACAACAGCUCGGGCGCCGCCGCCGGCGGCGGCCGCGGGCUACUGCCGCGCUCGUCGCGUUCGUUCAUCGAAGCGCCGCUGACCGACCGUCGCGACCGUCGGCUCGCCUCCGGUGUCGGCGUCGGCGGCGAGGCUGUGGGCGUCGGCCACGAGGCCGUGACGACGGCGGGCAAGCUGCAGGCGUCGAUGAGCGUGCGCGAGAUCCCGAGGGAGAAGCGCGAGAAGAAGGGCGGAUUCCUCUCAAGCUUCCUCGGUGGCGGCAGCAGCCACGAGAAACUCUCCACCAAGCACUCCUAA